AAAACAUUUGAAAAAACACGCUGAAGUAGUAAAUAGAAAAUUUAUAAUUUAACAACAAAUUUUUGAAUUAAAUUUAGUUUAUAAAAAUGUCCUAUUCCCUGGGAAAUGAAUCGCAGAUCAAAUUUGGCAUUUAUAAGGCCAAAGAAGAUCCACAGGAAUUAUUUGAUAGAUUGCCUAAACCAAAAACUUUGGAACUGGAACCCAGACCGACAUUUUUAAAAGUGGGAGCAGUAUCAAAUGUUAAGGGUUCCGCCUAUAUGGAAUAUGGCAAUACCAAGGUAAUGGCCCAAGUGGAACCACCUAAAGAAAUAAGCAAACAGAAUAAUAGAUGUGGCACCCUGGGGUUAGUUAUAUGCAGUGUUAAAUAUGCUCCAUUUACCAACAUCGACAGCGAGGUAAUAGCACGCAAAGGAAGUUUCAUGAGUGUGGCUUUGAAGAAGGCUUUGGAGCCGGUAAUAUGUCGUCAUGAAUUUGCCAAUUUUCAAUUGGAAAUAAAAGUUUUAAUCAUAGAUGAUGAUGGUUGUGCCUUAAGUACGGCCAUUAAUUGCUGUGGUGCUGCUUUAAUUGAGGGAGGCAUACCAACCUAUGAUCUGAUAACCGCCUCAACCGUGUGCCUGCUAAAGCAGCAGGAAUUUAUUAAUCCUACUGCUGAUGUGGAAGAUUUACUGUUGGCACUCUCAGCUUGCGAGGAUAAAGAUGGCACUGUCGUUGAAGAGCAGGGCAUAGUGGUAACUGCUAGUCUAUCGGCUGUGGGACAAGUAUCAGAAUUCUUUCAAAAGGGUUAUGUUCUGCCCGAAACUUUAGAACGUUUGUGCGAUCAUUCACUUGCUAUUAAUCAAAGAAUGCUGGAUACUAUACGCCAUGUUUUGGUUAAUAAAGUUAAGAAAUAUAUUGCUGUCCAGCAAAGUGCUGAUGAAGAAGUAGAAAUGAAUGAUACUGACAAUAAAUGAGAAAAUAGUUUUAGUAUAGAUUUUCCAAAAAUCAA